AUGGAGCAACAUAGUGUCUCUCGUAAGCAAUACGGCUCUGUGUGUCAGCAUCUGCUAGGUAAAAAGAAACAGCCGGGGAAUACAUGCAUGUCAGAGGGGGGCACGGGGGUGUGUUCCUCCUCGGUUAGAGUUAUCCUGUUUCAGGAGGUGUGGGGGCGAAGUUUCUGCCACACCAUCGAGAUGCUGGUGGAUAUAGUGCAGGAGUAUCCUGGAGAGGUGGAGCACAUGUACAGCCCUUCCUGUGUGCCUUUGAUCCGCUGUGCUGGUUGCUGCGGAGACGAGAAAUUGGAAUGCCACCCAACACUAACCUCCAAUAUUACUAUGCAAUUAUUAAAGCUGAAACCAACAGAGCACGGCCAAGAAUAUGUGGAAAUGACAUUUGUGGAGCACAAAAGUUGUGAAUGUAGACUAAGAAAGCCUACGCCGAAACAUGACAGGUGGAAGCCAAGAGGAAGGGGAAGAAAAAGAAAGGAGAAACAGCGAGUAAAGGACUGUGAUGGGUGCCAGCCUCCUCAGCGCUAAAUGCAGUUGCUCUGCCCAUCCUGUACUGCCCACCCCUUCUGCUAGCUACUAACAGCAUCCUGCAUCACCUUAACCACCAAAUCCAAGAUGCACCGUUCUCAUGGUGAUGGAGAU